AUGGUUGAGUUAUGCUCGCUACACUCAAUUGUUUUUUCUAUUCCAGAUUUGAAAAGCUUGACAGAAGAGUUCAUUCUGGGGUUAACAAAAGUAAAAAAUCUGACCGUAAAUGAUUGUAAGGAGCUGACAUCUCUAUGUCCAGAUACACUCAUGUCCCUUGUAACACUAGAUAUCAGAUUGUGCCCGAGUCUUAACAACAUCAGCUUGACAUCUACGUUAAGGACACUAAAAAUUGAUGGUUGUAGUGCUUUGAAAUCCCUGCCGAUGUCCAAUUGUAUGUGUUUGAAAUAUGCAACUAUUCGGAAAUGUAAUUCUUUGACAUUCAUUUCAGGAGCCCAGUUACCUCCAGCUUUGAAAGGGUUAUAUGUUUAUAAUUGUGAGAAUUUGCAGUUUGUGGUAGAUGAGGGAGAGGCUUCUUCACCUUCUUUAUUGAUGAAUGGGGAGAAUUUUAACUGCAACAAUAACAAUAAUGCAUCUCAUCUUGAGCUUUUAGAGAUAAGGGAAUGUCCAUCUCUAAAAUGCUUAUCAUCAAAAGGCAACCUACCUACCAUGCUUAAACACCUUGAGAUUUGGCGAUGCUUAGAGUUGACAUCCUUAUCAUCAACAGACCAGUUACCUGCAUCCCUUAAACACCUUUCUGUACGCUUUUGUCCAAAGUUGGAGUCAAUAGCAGACAAGUUACAAAAUAAUGUGUCUCUUGAACAACUUAGAUUAGUGUAUUGUAAAAAGCUUAAAUCCUUACCAGAGGGCCUACACAGACUCUGCCACCUGAAUGAGAUCAACAUACGUGGGUGUUCAAGUCUUGUUUCCUUCCCGGAUGGAGGGCUGCUCCCCACUAGUCUGAGAAAGGUUUUGAUUGAAGACUGUGAGAAACUUGAGGCCUUGCCCAACUGCAUGCACAAGCUCACCUCGCUUCAACAAUUAAGCAUAUGGGAAUGUCCAAGCAUCAUAUCCUUUCCAGAAGAGGGUUACCCCACCAGUUUAAGGGUUCUUUCUCUAACAGGGGUCAAUAUAUGUAAGCAAGUAUUUAAGUGGGGAUUGCACAGACUCACGUCUCUUACAGAUCUCUCCAUUUAUGGUGGAUUUCCGGAGUUGCAGUCAUUUCCUGCGGAGGAUGAGGAAGGGAAGCUGAUGAUGACAUUGCCUACCUCUCUCACCACCCUAGAGAUUGCAAAAUUUUCAAAUAUAGGAUUCCUAUCCUCUAAGGGCUUUCAAAACCUCACUGCACUUGAAGAACUGUGGAUAUUCUAUUGCCCUAAACUCGCCUCCCUCCCAGAGGACCUGCCUCCCUCGCUUCUAAAACUUCGUAUUUAUGAGUGUCCUCUACUGAAACAACACUGCAAGAAAGGCAAAGGGCGAGAGUGGUUCAAGAUCGCCCACAUCCCUCGAGUUGAAAUUGAUUGGAGGUCUGUCUAUGAGCCAGUCUUUGAGCUAUUUAGAAAUGCAGGAAUAUUGCCAUGCUUGAAGGGAUGGCUGUCAAUGCCUCUUAAGUUCUUAACUUCUGCAAGCAUGGUUACAAUCUGUCUAGAAAUAAUGGGUGGGAAUCAUUUUCUAAAAGGAGCUGUAAACCUCUUGUUUGCAAAUGGACAUGAUUUGUUGAUUAUUGAGAGUGGAAAACAAUUUGUGCAGGCUUAUUCUAUGUCGCAUGUAUUUAUGAAUGGUGUGGUGGCUGCAUUUGUACUUACCAGUAGCUCCAAGGUAUUUCACAAUGGUCCUAUGAAAGAAGAUCCAAAAGGAAAGGAGAUCAAAGAUCCUACUAUACCAUCUGAGCCUUCAAUUUUAACUUAUUUACGGAUUCGCGCCGACUCGGCUCCGAUUCGUGCCAACUCGACUCCGAUUCGUGCUGACUUGGCUUUGAUUCAUGCUGAUUCGGACCGAUUCCCGCCAAACCAACUUGGCUUUGAUUCACGCUGA